UCGUUCCAACUGUUAGUGCGACAGAGAAAAAGAUCGGUCACUUUUGUUUUGUUCCUCAUUUGGUCUUCAUCUUUUGUUUUGAUUACUUUGUGUCUCUUUUAAUUUUUAUUCGGGCAAAUUAUUGUUAAUUAAGAGAAUUGAUUGCUUGAUAUGAGAAUUUGGUAACGAGAAGAUUGGAACGAUCAUUUGAAUAGUUGUAGUGAGAAAGAAAAGUGAAUCAAUUGUUGAUUGUCUCUUGUUUAGUUGCAACAGUUAAUUCUAGUCGAUUAACUAAAUAAUCUCCAUCAUCAUGGUGAAUAAUUCUAGUGAAACUGUUAAUCAACCUUCGGGUAAACAGUUGAUUGCCACCAUAUUGAAUCUUAAAUCGGAAAAUCGACUUUAUAAGUGUUUGAAUAAGGUGAAAGAUGAAAUUGUUAAAGCGAAAAUUCAAUAUACCGAAGAGGUUAAGAAAGAAAAUCUAUCUCAUGAAGCUACUUUCUUAGCAAACGAAAAAAUAAUUUCUGGACAAAAGAACGUCAUUGAUGAUUUAAAUAAACAAGUGGAGAGCCUGAACAAACAAUUAGCUACGACUAAAUCAUCGAUUGAUGAUAGAUCUAAAUCAGUGGAAACACAUCAAAGUACAAUCCAAAAACUUUCGUUUAACCUGAAAGAAGCCCAGAAAUAUAUUGACGAUCAAAAUUACGCCAUUGACCAGUUGAGGAAAAGGUUAUCGGACUGUAAGAAUGACCAUGAAAAUCAUAAAAAAGCUUUAAAAGAAAGAUUCUUGGAGAGGAUUGAAAAAGCCAAAGAAGAGAUGGAAGUGGAACGGAAAAGUCGACCCAGAAAUUGAUGCAAACACGGGAAUUUUAUGAUGCCGAAGGGAGAGAUCUCAGAAGGAAAAUCGAUCAACUGAAAGACGAAUUGGAUCUCUUGAGGAGAGCCGAUUUUAAUAGACCCACUCAAUCAACCAGCCGAGGAAAAGGUCGUAAAAGGCCAACAUCUACUACCAGAGAUUCUGCCGGUACUAAAGCUACUCCAAAUAAAAGAAAAGGACGACCAACUAUAAACAAGACAAAUCGAUUUCCUGAAGUCGAUUCUUCGACAAUAAUUGACGAUGACGACUUGGAAUCGGAGUCCAGACCAAAAGCACAGCAAAAAGCACCGGUAGCCGAUUCUUUAUUCCCAGAUACUCAGAAUGACCGAUCACCUUCACCAAUAAUUUGGUUAUCUCAACCAAAUUACAAAGAGGAAUCAGAUACAGAGUAAUCGAGAGGGAGAAUUUUUUUAUUUUCUCUUAUAUUUUUUUACAUUUUACUAUAUUGAAACACUGAAAAGUUGAAUAAUCGCCUCUGAAGGGAUAUUCAUAUAUAUAUAGACAACUUUAUCACUUUAAAAGAAAAAAUUAUCUCCCAGCUCAGCAUUAAACCGGAAGAAAAGUUACAAAGAUGAAACAUUUUGAGUCGUGGAAAAUAUUGGAAAUUAUGAUUGAAGCCGAUUGAUUAUUAGUUUACGAACUCUAACCAGAAAACCGAUCAAGUUAAUUUGUCCCGAUUUAAGAUUACUGUUGAUAAACUCUUCGAUUUUUUUAAAUUCCUCUUCCAGAUCUUUGAAAUCAGUUUCCAAAACUAUA